AUGGAAGGAAGACUUCAUUCUGAUCUAUUCGCGCAAGACCGUUAUAUUCUUGGUGCUGUUCCAAUCAAGAUCAAGCUGGUGAGAUCUAGAGACCCGUUUUGUUUGGUAUCAUCCGAGGAAAAUCCCAAUUUCAAAGUGGUCAUCGAGGAAUGUUUGUUUCGUGUACGACGAGUUAACGUAGCCCCUAGUAUUAUACUGGCUCAUUCCCAGGCCCUUCAACAAAUCACUGCCAAAUACCCAAUCAACAGGAUCGACUGCAAGGUUGUCUCCGUACCCCGGGGGAAUAUGUCUGGAAAUAAACCUAAUAUAUUUCAAGGUGGUUUACCAAAUCGUAUCGUGAUUGGAAUGGUCGACGCGGAUGUCUUUAACGGUACAUAUACGAAGAAUCCGUUCAAUUUUAAAAAUUAUGAUAUCACAACCAUGGAUCUCACUGUCAACGGAGAGAACUUACCUGGAAAACCACUACAGUUGAAAUUUGGAGCAGACAGUAAUUACAUUUCUGCUUUUCAAACCCUGUACGCCGGCGCACACAAGAUUUUUGAUAAUCAGGGUAAUGGUAUAACACGUGAAGAAUAUGCAAACGGUUAUACACUGUUUGUGUUUGACCUAACUCCUGACUUAUGCCUUGGUGAUCAUGUACAACCGAUUAAGAACGGAAAUGUGUCAAUUGAAUGUCGAUUUGGAACACCGUUGGAGACAGCUAUAAAUAUCGUGGUACUUGGUGAAUUUCAAAGUCUUAUCGAAAUUGAUGCGAACCGGAACGUGCUGUGUGAUUUCAACAACUGA